CCGCCCUCCCUCUACGUGCCUGGGACCCAUACGUAUUUGCGUAUCAGUAACGUGUAUCACUUCUGGCUACGCCCUCUUCCAAGAAGUAGCGCACUAACAGGAAGUGUCCACCAGCAUAGUGAAUCUUCGUGUUUGUUUGAGAGGUGAAGUUGAAAGAAACUGUUGUCACAGGAUUACUGUCCCAGAUCUUGCCAUGGAUGUUACAGCUGUUUUUAUACUCUGCAGUCUUGGCUUUGCCAUGAUUGCUGAAGCACAAGAUUGCUCCAGACCUGUUGCAGGAGCCAACAUGAAUUUGAAGGAUGAUUACAUUUCCCAGCAAACAUUUGCAGAUGGGAGCUUAGUUUAUUUUACGUGUAAUCCUGGCUACACAUCUGCUGGAGGACCUGCUUUUAUCAGAUGCACUGCUGGCACAUGGAGUACUGUGCAGUUGCGAUGUGAAAGGAAAAGCUGUGGCAGUUUGGGUGAGGUGUCUAAUGGUAAUGUUGAUUAUGCCGGAAUUGAGUUUGGUGAUACAGCUACGGUCACUUGUAACGAGGGUUACAUGCUGGUUGGAAGGUCGAGUUUUAGAUGCGAAGUCAACGGAUGGUCUGGCAGGUUACCAACAUGUGACGCGGUGAUGUGUACCACACCAGCACAAGUUGAAAACGGUAGAUUUGAUCCAAACAAAGAAUCUUAUGUUUUUGGAGAAGUUGUGCGGUACUCCUGCAUCAAAGGAUUGGUACUUAGUGGGUCAAAAGACUUAAUCUGCUCUCAUGAUGGACAAUUCUCCUCUUCUCCUCCAAAAUGUGUCAAGGUUGAAUGUAAAGAUCCUGUAAUUGAGAAUGCUGUCUUUGUAAGUGGUUCUCGGCCUCCACACGGAUACAUGGCUACCGUGACUUACGCCUGUAAAGCUGGAUACAGGAUGAUUGGCCCAUCUACUGUGACAUGCAGUGUAACUAAUCAGUGGUCACCAUCAUUACCAGUAUGCACAGAUAAAAGUCAACCUCCUGUCCCCACUACUUCCACUACUAUCACCACUACAAAACAACCGAAAGGUGUUACAUCUACCCAAGCUCCAACUCCCACCUCGCCAGAUAAGGGCGAUUCUCACUCUCCGACAUGGAUUAUUAUUGUAGUUGUUCUCAUCUGCAUCACCAUCAUUUGCAUUAUAAUAUUCUUCAUCCGAAAGAAACGCAGUCGGCGAACCCGUAUUGUCAAAGAUCCUUCAAAAGAUGGCGAGGAUGUAGCACUCUCGUGAGCAUCACUGUUCUGUUGGUCCAAAACUUCUGCAUGUGAAGAUGCUACCUUGUGGAGAGGACUAUCCCCGGCACUGCUGCGAAUGAAUGCAGUUCCACAGAAAAAUGUGGAAAUUAUUAAACACUUCUAGAAAUCACAGUUUCUGCAGAGUAGUCAGCCUGUAAUUCAAACAUUGCAGACAUGACAUUUAUUCUUGCUUGAUGCUUCAAGCGCCUGGUCACUUAUAAGACAUUUGUGUCCACUUGCUACCUGUUUUAAUUUUUUGGACAUUACUGUACUCUACAUUGAUUUGGAAUGUUUUCACUAGACCAAUCUAUCUUGCUUUAUUCACAUGUGAUUUCAAUUGUUGUUCUUAUUUAACGGAAACACCACAAUUGUGUAAUUGUUUUUUUGCCAUUCGGAAUAUCAAUAAAGUUUUACACAUAUUUAUAAUGGAAGCGGAGCUUGUUUCACUUCUCUUACAUCAGACUCAUGGUAGCUAUAAUGUCUUUGAUAUUAUUUACCUUUUAAGAGUCUGUAACAACAUGUAAGGGUCUGUAACUGUAGCCUUCAGACACAGUUACAGAGAUCUUAAUCUAGUAAAAGGAGCAUUUUACAAAUCUUAUUUCCCAACAUUGUUUAACUUUUCUAUUUGUGCAAAAAUAUUGAUCUAAUUAAAAAAAAAAUACUUCACCUUUUCUGUAACUAAAGAUAACAGGAGCUUUCGUAAUUGUACAAAAGUCUCCUGGCAAUUUAAACCACUCAGUCUUAAAGUUCAUUAUUUGUACAGAUCAGAUAUUAGUGCCUAGCAAAGUUGCAUCCUAGCUGCCUGUAUGCAAAAAAAUCAAAUGCUUUACUUUGUGUGUUUGGGUUGCUAUGAACAAUUUGCCAGUUUAAAUCAUGUUCUUAUCAGUAUCAGUAUUUUUUCUUUUUAGUAUCUUCUUUCUGUUUGUUUUGCUUUAUAUUAUGUCAUAGUUAAAAAGACUACUUUUUUCUUUUAUUCUCAUCUGUAAAAUUCAGUUUUUUACUGUGGUUGCAUACAUUUGUAUUGAAGAUUAUCUCAGAUAGGCUUGUACUUAUUUAUUAAGUUUAUGACUUCAAUAUGAUUUCAAAUUGUUUGGAGGCAGUUGUCUAAUUGUGUGUAAUUUUUUUUGUCCUUAAAAUAAAGGCUGAAAAAAGCGG